AUGUCGGGGUCGGGUGGAACAGUAUCGGGACCAGAGAGUUGGUCGGGCAGCGGAGUCGGCGGAAUAUGCAGAGGCGGCGUCUCGGGAACUCAACCGUCAGGAGGCCAACCGUCGGGAGAUCAACUGUCGGGGAGGUCGGUCAACGUCGGGAGGAGGGCAACCGUCGGGGGAGUCACCGGCGGUUCCCAACGGUGUAUUCCGGCGGUCGGGUGGCGGGUUCAGGGACUCCUCAACCCUGCGAGGACAGUGACGGUGGCGAUUGACGAUCCGACGUCGGAGACGGGAGAGAACGGCGGCGCCGAAGGUGUCGCAAAUCAGGGCUACGGCGACGGCGACCUAGGGCAACGGCGGACAGUGGUGUAG